AUGGACGUGACCUUCGUGUGCUCGUCGUCGGGGGAGGCGCCGUUCAAGAUGGAGGUGGGCUUCUUCGACACCGUCCUGGACAUCAAGCACAAGCUCCAGGGCCGCAACGGCUGGCCCGCCGCCGCCCUGUCCCUCUUCCACGACGGCGGCGCGCUCGUGGACGACGACGCCGCCGGCGCCGGCGUCACCGAGCGGUACGGCGUCGUGGAGGGCUCCGUCAUCCACGUCGCCCUCGACGGCGCCGGCGACGGCGACGACAGGCGGCCGCGUCAGAAGGGGAAGAAGAACGGGACCAGGAGGCCGGGCAAGGGCAUGCGGGCGCCGGCGCCGGAGCCGCUGCGAGUGACGGUGGUGUCGCGGUGCGGCGCGGGGCGCGUGGAGGUGGCCGUGCGCGCGCGCGGCGCGGUGUCGGCGCUGCGCCGGGAGCUGGAGGGGGGCGCGUCGUCGGGGUCCGGGUUCCCGCUGCCCGCGGACGGCGGGUACUUCUUCAUACACGGGCAGAGCGUGAUGGACGAGGCGCGGUCGUUCGAGUGGCACGGCGUGGCCGCCGGCGACGAGGUCGUCGUCUUCGAGGGCUCCGUCACCAGGGCGCCGGCGUGCUAA